CGGCGGCGGCGCGGCGACGGACAGGGGCCGAGCCCUCGCCCGAGGAGGAGCCGGGGGCUGCCCGGCCGCCCGUGGAGCGUCGCGGGCAGGACCGGGCGUCCCGAGGUGGCGGCGGCAUCCCGGACGGCCUGGGAGGGAUGCGCCGCCUGCCGCCCCGCGCCGCCUGACCGCCCGCCCCCGCCUCGCCUCGCGGUGCGCCACAGCCGGGCCCGCGGCCGCCCCUGCGGGCCGUCCCCUCCGCGCCGUCGCCCAGCCGCCGCGCCCGGCCCGGCCAUGUGGACCCCCACGGAGGAGGAGAAAUACGGCGUAGUGAUAUGCAGCUUUCGAGGCUCUGUCCCCCAAGGACUGGUCUUAGAAAUAGGAGAAACCGUUCAGAUUCUUGAAAAAUGUGAAGGUUGGUACAGAGGAGUUUCAACAAAGAAGCCUAAUGUAAAGGGGAUCUUUCCUGCGAAUUAUAUUCAUUUGAAAAAGGCAAUUGUCAGUAAUAGGGGGCAGUAUGAAACUGUGGUUCCACUUGAAGAUUCUAUUGUGACUGAAGUUACAGCAACUUUACAAGAAUGGGCCAGCCUGUGGAAACAGCUGUAUGUGAAACACAAAGUAGAUCUUUUCUACAAACUACGCCAUGUGAUGAAUGAGCUUAUUGACCUGCGGAGGCAGCUGCUGUCUGGUCACCUGACUCAGGAUCAGGUGCGGGAGGUUAAGCGGCACAUCACCGUGCGUCUGGACUGGGGUAAUGAGCAUUUGGGCCUGGACUUGGUACCUCGGAAGGACUUUGAAGUAGUGGAUUCAGACCAGAUUAGUGUCUCGGAUCUCUAUAAAAUGCAUUUAUCUAGCCGGCAGAGUGUGCAGCAGAGCACAUCCCAAGUAGAUACAAUGCGCCCACGCCAUGGGGAAACCUGUCGGAUGCCAAUACCACACCAUUUCUUCUUCAGUCUGAAGAGUUUCACCUAUAAUACCAUUGGGGAAGACACUGAUGUCUUCUUUUCUCUAUAUGACAUGAGAGAAGGCAAGCAGAUCAGUGAACGGUUUCUGGUGAGACUGAACAAGAAUGGUGGACCAAGGAACCCAGAGAAGAUAGACCGAAUGUGUGCCCUUUUUACAGAUCUAAGCAGCAAAGACAUGAAGAGAGAUUUAUACAUAGUUGCCCAUGUGAUCCGAAUAGGCCGGAUGCUCCUGAAUGACUCCAAAAAGGGUCCCGCUCACCUACACUAUAGGCGACCAUAUGGCUGUGCGGUUCUGAGCAUUUUGGAUGUUCUACAGUCACUUACAGAAUUAAAAGAAGAAAAGGAUUUUGUUCUUAAGGUUUACACAUGUAACAAUGAGAGUGAAUGGACCCAGAUUCAUGAGAACAUCAUUCGAAAGUCAAGCACGAAGUACUCGGCCCCCAGCGCCAGCCAUGGUCUUAUUAUUUCCCUACAGCUUUUUCGUGGUGACAUGGAACAGAUCCGGAGAGAAAAUCCCAUGAUAUUUAAUAGAGGAUUAGCAAUUACAAGAAAACUGGGAUUUCCUGAUGUCAUCAUGCCAGGUGAUAUCCGCAAUGAUUUGUACCUGACUCUGGAGAAGGGGGAUUUUGAAAGAGGAGGAAAGAGUGUGCAAAAGAAUAUCGAAGUGACCAUGUAUGUACUUUAUGCGGAUGGAGAGAUCCUGAAGGACUGUAUCAGCUUGGGUUCAGGAGAGCCAAAUAGGAGUUCCUAUCACUCCUUUGUUCUCUACCACAGUAAUAGUCCUCGUUGGGGAGAAAUUAUCAAAUUACCUAUUCCCAUUGACAGAUUCCGGGGCUCCCAUCUACGCUUUGAGUUCAGACAUUGUUCCACAAAGGACAAAGGGGAAAAGAAACUCUUUGGCUUUGCGUUCUCUCCCCUGAUGCGUGAUGAUGGCACCACACUAUCAGAUGAUAUUCAUGAGCUUUAUGUGUAUAAGUGUGAUGAGAAUAGCACGUUUAACAACCAUGCCCUGUACCUGGGCCUGCCCUGCUGCAAAGAAGACUACAAUGGCUGCCCUAAUAUUCCCUCCAGCCUCAUCUUCCAGCGUAGCACCAAAGAGUCUUUCUUCAUUUCUACACAACUUUCUUCUACCAAACUCACACAGAAUGUGGACCUCCUUGCUCUGCUGAAGUGGAAGGCCUUCCCAGACAGGAUCAUGGACAUACUAGGGCGGUUGCGUCAUGUCAGUGGAGAAGAAAUUGUUAAGUUUCUGCAAGAUAUCUUAGAUACACUCUUUGUGAUUUUGGAUGAUAAUACAGAGAAAUACGGCCUUUUAGUUUUUCAGUCUCUGGUUUUCAUCAUCAACCUGCUUCGAGACAUAAAAUAUUUCCACUUCCGGCCUGUGAUGGACACAUAUAUCCAGAAGCACUUUGCUGGAGCCCUGGCUUAUAAGGAGCUCAUCCGCUGUUUGAAGUGGUACAUGGACUGCUCAGCAGAACUGAUUCGGCAGGACCACAUCCAGGAAGCCAUGCGGGCCCUAGAGUACCUUUUCAAGUUCAUUGUUCAAUCACGAAUCCUGUAUUCAAGAGCGACAUGUGGGAUGGAAGAGGAACAAUUCCGGUCAAGCAUCCAGGAGCUUUUCCAGUCUAUCCGGUUUGUGCUGAGUCUGGACAGUAGAAACUCAGAAACACUCCUCUUCACUCAGGCUGCACUACUUAAUUCUUUCCCCACCAUCUUUGACGAGCUGCUGCAAAUGUUUACUGUACAAGAGGUAGCAGAGUUCGUGAGAGGCACACUGGGGAGCAUGCCCAGCACUGUGCACAUCGGGCAGUCGAUGGAUGUCGUGAAGCUGCAGUCCAUCGCCAGGACAGUGGACAGUCGCCUGUUUUCCUUUUCAGAAUCCCGCCGCAUCCUACUUCCUGUGGUUCUUCAUCACAUUCAUCUUCACCUGAGGCAGCAGAAGGAGUUGCUGAUCUGUUCAGGGAUUCUGGGCAGCAUCUUCUCCAUCGUCAAGACCAGCUCUCUGGAGGCAGAUGUCAUGGAGGAGGUAGAGAUGAUGGUGGAAAGCCUCCUGGAUGUGCUCUUACAGACUCUACUAACCAUCAUGAGUAAAUCACAUGCUCAGGAGGCGGUAAGAGGGCAGCGGUGCCCGCAGUGCACAGCCGAGAUCACUGGUGAAUAUGUGUCCUGCCUCCUCUCACUGCUCCGUCAGAUGUGUGACACCCAUUACCAACACCUCUUAGACAACUUCCAGAGCAAAGAUGAACUCAAGGAAUUUCUGCUGAAGAUUUUCUGUGUGUUCAGAAACCUAAUGAAGAUGAGCGUCUUUCCUCGAGACUGGAUGGUGAUGAGACUAUUGACAAGCAACAUCAUAGUCACCACUGUCCAGUACCUGUCCUCUGCACUGCACAAGAACUUCACAGACACAGACUUUGACUUCAAGGUGUGGAAUUCUUAUUUUAGCCUGGCAGUUCUGUUCAUAAACCAGCCAAGCCUUCAGCUAGAAAUCAUUACUUCAGCCAAGAGAAAGAAGAUUCUAGAUAAGUACGGGGACAUGCGUGUGAUGAUGGCAUAUGAACUGUUCAGCAUGUGGCAGAACCUGGGUGAACAUAAGAUCCACUUUAUUCCCGGAAUGAUUGGUCCUUUUCUGGGGGUGACGCUGGUCCCACAGCCAGAAGUGCGGAAUAUCAUGAUUCCUAUCUUUCACGACAUGAUGGACUGGGAGCAGAGGAAAAAUGGCAACUUCAAGCAGGUGGAGGCUGAGCUCAUUGACAAGCUGGACAGCAUGGUGUCAGAAGGGAAAGGUGAUGAGAGCUACAGGGAACUCUUCGGCCUGCUAACCCAGCUGUUUGGGCCCUACCCCAGCCUUCUGGAAAAGGUUGAACAGGAAACAUGGCGUGAGACUGGCCUUUCCUUUGUUACCUCAGUCACUCGCCUCAUGGAACGCCUUCUUGACUACAGGGACUGCAUGAAAGGAGAAGAAACAGAGAACAAGAAAAUUGGCUGCACUGUCAACCUGAUGAACUUUUACAAAUCUGAGAUUAACAAAGAGGAAAUGUAUAUCCGAUACAUCCAUAAGCUUUGUGACAUGCACUUACAGGCUGAGAACUACACAGAGGCUGCAUUCACCCUGCUUCUUUACUGUGAGCUGCUGCAAUGGGAAGACCGGCCAUUACGGGAGUUCCUACACUACCCAUCCCAAACUGAGUGGCAGAGGAAAGAGGGACUGUGUAGGAAAAUCAUCCACUACUUCAACAAAGGCAAAAGCUGGGAGUUUGGGAUCCCUCUGUGUAGAGAGCUGGCAUGUCAGUAUGAGAGCCUUUAUGACUAUCAAAGCCUCAGCUGGAUUCGGAAAAUGGAGGCCAGCUAUUAUGACAACAUUAUAGAGCAGCAACGCCUGGAGCCUGAGUUCUUCCGGGUUGGCUUUUAUGGCAGGAAGUUUCCUUUCUUCCUUCGGAACAAAGAAUAUGUGUGCCGUGGUCAUGACUACGAGAGGCUAGAAGCCUUCCAGCAGAGGAUGCUCAGCGAGUUCCCACAAGCUGUUGCUAUGCAGCACCCCAACCAUCCUGAUGAUGCCAUCCUGCAGUGUGAUGCUCAGUACUUACAGAUCUAUGCAGUGACACCUAUUCCAGAUUAUGUGGAUGUUCUACAGAUGGAUAGAGUACCUGAUCGUGUCAAGAGCUUCUAUCGUGUCAACAAUGUGAGAAAGUUCCGGUAUGACAGGCCUUUCCACAAAGGCCCGAAGGACAAAGAGAAUGAAUUCAAGAGCCUGUGGAUUGAGCGUACCACACUGACACUGACCCACAGCUUGCCUGGCAUCUCUCGGUGGUUUGAAGUAGAAAGGAGGGAACUGGUGGAGGUGAGCCCUCUGGAGAAUGCCAUCCAGGUAGUUGAGAAUAAGAACCAGGAGCUGCGAGCUCUGAUCAGCCAGUAUCAACACAAACAAGUGCAUGGCAACAUCAAUCUGCUUAGCAUGUGCCUGAAUGGUGUCAUUGAUGCAGCUGUCAAUGGAGGCAUUGCACGCUACCAGGAGGCCUUCUUUGAUAAAGAUUAUAUCACCAAGCACCCAGGAGAUGCUGAGAAGAUCGCCCAGCUCAAAGACCUGAUGCAGGAACAGGUCCAUGUUCUUGGAGUUGGGCUGGCAGUUCAUGAGAAGUUUGUGCAUCCAGAAAUGCGGCCUCUGCAUAAGAAGCUGAUUGAUCAGUUCCAGAUGAUGAGGGCCAGUCUGUACCAUGAAUUUCCAGGUUUGGAAAAGCUAAGUCCUUCAUGUUCGGGCACCAGCACCCCACGGGGAAAUGUUCUGGCAUCCCAUAGCCCUAUGAGUCCUGAGAACAUCAAGAUGACCCACAGGCACAGCCCCAUGAACUUGAUGGGCACAGGCCGCCAUUCAUCAUCCUCUCUCUCCUCACAUGCAUCUAGUGAGACAGGAAACAUGGUGAUGAUGGGUGACAACUCUAUGGGUGAAGCUCCUGAAGACCUCUACCACCACAUGCAGCUUGCAUACCACAACCCCAGGUACCAGGGCUCAAUCACCAACGUCUCUGUUCUGUCCUCGUCCCAGGCAAGCCCUUCUUCCUCCAGCCUGAGUUCUACUCAUUCAGCACCAUCCCAGAUGAUUACCUCUGCCCCUUCUAGCACCCGAGGCUCUCCCUCUCUGCCAGAUAAGUACCGACAUGCCCGGGAAAUGAUGUUGCUGCUGCCCACACAUCGGGACCGCCCAAGCAGUGCCAUGUAUCCAGCAGCCAUUCUGGAGAAUGGACAGCCACCAAACUUCCAGCGGGCCCUGUUCCAGCAAGUAGUUGGAGCCUGUAAACCCUGCAGUGACCCCAAUCUGUCUAUGGCUGAAAAAGCGGUGCCAGCAGCCCCCAGCAGCUGGAGCCUGGAUAGCGGAGCCCAAGAGGCCCAGCCCUUCCUGUCUGCCCUCAUGGGGCACAUCCUGGCCCCCCCAGUGCCUCCCCGAAGCCUGUUGCAUGGUCAUUACUCCCUACACUUUGACGCCUUCCACCACCCUCUGGGUGACACCCCCCCGGCCCUCCCUGCCCGGACACUGCGCAAGUCUCCUCUCCACCCCAUCCCAGCUUCCCCUACAAGCCCCCAAUCGGGCCUGGAUGGCAGCAACUCUACGCUGUCUGGCAGUGCCAGUAGCGGUGUGUCCUCCUUGAGUGAGAGUAACUUUGGGCACUCUUCAGAGGCCCCACCUCGAACAGACACCAUGGACUCCAUGCCAAGCCAGGCCUGGAAUGGCGAUGAAGACCUUGAGCCGCCCUACCUCCCUGUCCACUACAGCCUCUCUGAGUCUGCUGUCCUUGACUCCAUCAAGUCCCAGCCAUGCAGAAGCCACUCAGCCCCAGGGUGUGUCAUCCCUCAGGACCCCAUGGACCCACCUGCGCUGCCACCCAAGCCCUACCACCCCCGCUUGCCAGUCUUAGAGCACGAUGAGGGUGUGCUACUUCGGGAGGAGGCUGAGAGGCCAAGGGGCCUGCACCGCAAGGCCUCACUGCCUCCUGGGAGUGCCAAGGAGGAGCAGGCCCGCAUGGCCUGGGAGCACAGCCGAGGGGAACAAUGAGGAGCAGAGAGGCAGCUGCACCAACCAUCUUCCAUGAGCAGCUUGCCCAGGCACUCCAGGUCUGAAAAGCAAGUCCCUCCCAGGGAGCUAGAGGCUUGGCACUCAGGAGAGAACCACCAGAGUCUCUGUUCUACUGCCGUGAACUCAUGUAUUGCCAUGUUUAGAGGCCACAGCAGCAUGAAGGUUGUGGCUUCUCUUUUAUUUUACUUUGUUUCCAUUUUUCUGGGUUUUUCUUUAUGCAGUAGUUGCUUUCUUCCUCCUGCAGUUCCAGAGCACACGGAGCUAUAUGGAAAUAUUGCACAGACAGAAUUGCUUUGCAGCAUUGCAGAGUCCAGGAGUAGGAGCCCAGGCCCUCCCUCCAGGGUAGAGAAUCGAAGAAUGGAAAUUGCACUAGGGACCUCUUCCUUUGCUGUAUGGAUAGAAAAACUCAUGAUUGCAUUCAGGGAUUGCAAGGACCACAUGGACUAUAUGUCACAGGUGGAUAAAGGGGCCGUUUUGCACAAAUGCUUGCCCACUCUUCCAUCUAGGAGUGUGCAACUGAGGGGCUAGCCAGGCACAUGACUGGCCUAACUGCAUGCCCAGGGCACACUGCCAGACUUUCCAUGGGCCAGCCUUGUCUCUUCUCCCACUUUGGACGUUAUUCAUCACUUGUAUUACGGACCCUUUGCUCCUUUCCACUCCGAACACCUCAUGGUCUGCAGAUGCCUCCCUGGCUCGAUUGGACUUGCAAGGGUUAUCUUUUAUGCCCUGGGGCUUGAAUGAAACGAAGCUAGAAGGGCUGUCACUCUGGCAGAGAGUUAGGUCCCUUCCCUUGUAUCAGAAAGAGCUGGUGUAAGAGUGAGGCUGGAGUGUGGCAGGAGCCAGAAAGCCUCUUAGCUUUCACAGGUGGCCCCAAAUGCCUGCCAUUUAGCGCCUGAAUCAGGGAUUUUCAGCACUACCUCUGAGCCUUGGGGUUGGCUGCCCAGCCUGGCUUCCAGGCCCUGAGGGUGUGUGGUCAGGCUCAGCAAGCUCCUGGGUUUAAAAAUAAAUAAACAAUAAGUAAAUAAAUAGAAAUUAAAAUGGGGGAGGAAAACUUUUCCUUUUGGAAGCAGAGAGCCACACAGGUAAAACUGUUAUCUUCCAAGCAGCCAAGUACUGAGCCCCCCACUUCAACCCCAUAGGGACCGCCGCCACUCAGGGUUCAGGACGGGCAGAAGGGCAGUUUUUCAAACCUCCCCAGUCUGUUAGGCAGGGCACAGUGGUGACUUUAUAGGAAAAAUUCUUCAUGUCAGGGCACUGAUUUUUUUUUUCUCUUGGUAUUAUGGUGGGGUUAUGGUAAUAUUUCACCAGGGUGCUUCUAAGUUACUUUUAAAAAACUUGUCUUGAGACAAUUGUUUUCCUUUUGUUUGCUUACAUUCACAUCAGUGAUGGCCAUAAGACUGCCUUCUCCUUGGUGAGCAGGUAUGUUACUCUCCUACUCCCUUUAACUUUUUGGCCUUGUGGCCUCCUGUGGCCAAAUUCUGGGCCUUAGCUGCUCAUCCCUUCUCCACAAUUCUUUCCCAAAUAGAAGAACCCAUGGUGAUGGUGUUUUUCUCUAUAAACAAGUUUAAUAGAGCUGCCAGCAAAUAACCUAUGGAAAAAGAUAGAAAGCCCAUUUUACUUCAGAGUAUGUUGGGGUCCAGGUGCCAGCCGUUUAGGGAUCAUUCAGGCACAGUAAAGCAGACUGCUGAGGAUGUAGGCCAAUCCAAGGAGGCCCAGCUCCAAGGGCACACCUGUCCCUGAGCCCAGACUCACAGCUGAGCUUGUCUCUGGACCGUCUGGGUUCACAGGUAUGAGGGUCAAGGUCUAGCUUUGAAUGUGAGUCUUGGGUAGGGCAGCCUUAGGUCUCCGGGCAUGUCUGAGCCUCGGUUCAUGGAGACAGCCAGUCAUCAUCACAUGCAGACGUCUCCCUUCUCCACUUGGUGGCACAGGAGGCAGGGAAUGUAGGGUUGAGUCCCUCGGCCUUGCUUUAUGCAAGGUGAAAUAUUUGUGUUGUUCCUCUCCAUUUUCCCCAACUGGAUGAAAAGGACCUAUUCUGAAUACUUUUUAUUGAAAAACCAGCCAGGGUGAGGGAAAUGGGAGGUCAGAGAUGGGAAUCCUUUGAAAAGAUUGUGAAAUACUGAUUUUCAUUCUUUCAAGCUUACUUGUAAAUACCUAUUUGAAUGCUGUGUAUUUGUACAGGAAUUUGAGCAAAAAAUGUAUAGAGUGUGAUGUCUAAUUGGUAAUAAGCUCUAUAAAUGUGUUUUUAACCUCUGGCAUUCUGUGCUUAUUUAAAACAAGAAAACUUCUAACCAUUUCUUUUGUGUAUUCAUGUCUAAAGAAAAACUGACUUAAAAUGAUCUUACCUGUACCAGAAAAGUUAAAGAAAAAAAAAAAAACUGUGCCGGUGUCCAAGAGGCAUUUUACUGUAUAUAUUGUGGUAGCAUGUUAUAAAUCCAACAAGUCAUGUGAAUUUUAGAUGUAAAUAUCUGCCAACUGACUCUCCCCCUCUCCCCCCGACUGCUGUGAUGUGAAUUAAAGAUGAAUACCUGAUACCGA